AUCACACAUGGUGGUUUGUGUGUUGAUUCGAGGUAAUGCUGGAGGCUUGAAACCUCAUGGCUUCUUCAUUUUCAAGCUUGUAUUGUUGCUUUGCCUCUUUUCCCAGAUUACCCUCUACCCCUCUCUUUCCAUCAUCUCCUUAUCCUCCCAACCUUUGUGGGUAUAAUGGAAUUUCACUCCACAUAGCUCUAUCUAACUCAAGAACUUGUGCCAAGUUUGAUAAAUUCCAAGGUGAAGCUCCCCAAGACAAUCUUGAGGACAUCCCGUCUGCUUCACUUUCUCUGCAACAGACAAUUCUAGAGGAGCCAGAAGAAGAUGACAGCUGUUUGCCUUCUGAUCUGGAAGGUGCAGUCCGACAGUCAAGUCAAGCAAGUGCCACUUUUGUGUCUUCAGGAGGAAUGAGAGCCAUAGUUGAGCUCUUAAUCCCACAGUUGCAGUUUCUUGAUGAUGAAGGUGCCCAAGCAGAGCUAUGGCAACUGUCGAGAAUUUUCUUGGAUACACUUAUUGAGGAAACAGGAUGUCAGAGAGUUAAAGCCAUAUUUCCGGAUGCUGGUGCAGCCGCACUUCUAAAAUAUCAGUGGAAAGAUGCUGUUUUCGGAUUCUCCAGUUUAAGUGACCGGAAACCUGUAGCUAUCGAUGAUGAAAUCAUUGUAAUGGUCGUUCCUGAUUAUCAAAUGUUGGAAUAUGUGGAACGAAUUGCAUCUGCUCUCUCAGAUGAUCCGCCAAGGCCUCUUAUCAUGUGGAACCCACGUCUUAUCAGUGAGGAUGUUGGAGUUGGGUUCAAUGUCCGGAAGUUGCGGCGGUACUUUUUAAGCACUUUCACGGUGGUAUAUUCAAUGAGACCUCUGCCAUCUGGUGCUACAUUUAGAUGUUACCCAGGAUUAUGGAAGGUGUUUUAUGAUGAUAAGGAUAGGCCAAACAGAUAUCUGCUAGCCAAGGAACAAAUAAGCCGUCCUGAUGCAGAAGAACUUGAGAUAAUAUUUGGAGAUGUAGAAGAGAAUUCAGAGAAAGGCCCAUCGUUGUUUGAUAAAGCAGCUGGCAUCUUCUCUUCAAUAAAUCGAUUCAUGAAAGUUAUUUCAAGAUGAGUUUGUCUUCCGUGUCUUGUAACUUGGUGCCUGGCAGCCAACUUAACUCUGCUUUAAGGUUUUGUGUUGCAGAGUCUCGCACUCAUCAAGCCUACACUGUAAAAUCUAUGUCAUGUAUACCUUACAUUGUAAGGCAAAACGUAGAAUUUUGAUGGUAUAAUCAAAGUAAUCAGUCUUUUACACCUGA